AUGCCAAUAUCUGCUGGUCAACGUAGAUGGGCACUUGUUCGUCCUUCAGAUGAACAUGGAGGUACAAUUACACCACAUUGUAUCAUUACAUCUAAAGACGAUAUCGAUUUUAUGUAUCCUGCACCGUUACCUUAUAAUCUUUGUCAAAUUUGGACAGCAUAUUUUGACUUUUUACGUGCACGUUUUUUGGAUAAAAGAGAAUCAAAUCAGAAUAGUGUUAAAGAUAACAAUAAUAAUAAUAAUGAUAAUGUCAACUGUGUUAAUCGUCCAAUUGCUGAUAUUCAACAUUCCAGUUUCAAUAAAGCCAAUGCUUACAUAUCUUCAAAACAUUUAUCAGACUAUGAUGAACGUACCACUGAAAAGGAGAGCAUUUCAAGCGAUCGUUUACCGAUGACACUUCCUUCAACAUCUAUUAACACUAAUCAUAUUUCCCAACUUCAAUUCAAUGAUAAAACUACAUCAGAAUAUAAUCCAUCCAACAGUAAUAAUCACCCAUCAACUUUACCAAAUUCAGUAACAUUAGAAACAGAACAACAUUAUCAGCCUAGAAAUAAUGACAAUAAUAAUAACAAUAGUUUAAUACAAACAUCUGAGAAUUCAAGGAAAGCUUUAGAAAAUUUAUUAGAAUCUGUUAGACAUGCAAUGUUCUCUUACUCCAUUCAAUCAUCGUCAUUGUCAGCUCCCUAUUUGUCAUCAAUGCCAUCAUUGUCAUCAACAUUUUGGCAUCAAAAUCAACAUAUUACUACUACAACUACUACUACCACCACUACUAGUAAUAAUAUUAAUAAUAAUAAUAAUCCUAUUAAUAACAGUAGUGAUGAUCAAAAGUUGUUCAGUGUACAAAUGAAUAAUUUCAAUAUAUUAACUAAUUAUAAACAGAUGAUACCAAAACGUGUCGAUGCCCUGCGGAAAAUGUUACGACUUAUCGGUGUUGACUGGAAGUCAUUGAUAGUUCCGGCAUGUUUACCAGUGGAUACAGAUUAUUUUCCAGAUACUUGUCGUCUUCGUAGUGAAUGGUACACAUUACAUGAUUAUCGUGUUGUACCAAGUGGUAUGUCACCAGAUGAAUGGGAUUCUAUGAAUAACACUUUUUCGGAACCCGGCGCUUUAUACAACCGUCGCCAAUUGACAGCUCGUGAAGUAUUUCAAGAGAUGGUACUUCAACGAAUAAGUCAGGGCUUUCAAUUAUGUCAUGAAGUCGUAGUACAUAAUCCGACUAAUUCUAACAAUGUCGAACAUCAUUCUGUUACCAGUAUUAAUACAUCUCCUACCACUAUUAUACAAAAUGACAAUCUUUCGAAUUGUUCAAAUAAUAAACCUAAAACUUUGUCUGUAAUAAAACAAAACAAUGAUCGACAUACUACAUCGAAUUCUCCACAUACAACAUAUCAUUCACGAAGAAUCUCAAAUAUUUCUACUACUGUUAUAGAUACUACUAAUGAUAACAAUAUUAACAGUAGUCCUAGUUAUUUUUCAACUAGUAGAAAUACUACUAAUACUACUCAAUUUACAAAAUCAACAAAUCGAUGUUUACCCACUCGUUUAUCAUCAAAAUUUCCUACAAUCAAUAAUACUGCUCAACCAUCGAGAGGAUCGAAUGUAUCAUCAUCCAUAUAUAAUGGACGUGUUCUAGGUGUUGGUCUAACUAUAAAUCCAUCGAAUAGAAGUGGAAAUCAAUCGAAUUGUCACAAUGGUAGUCGUACUAGUAAUAAUAAUAGUAAUAGUAAUAAUCAUAAUAAUAGUAAUAAUAGAAAUGUUACCACAACCAUUAAAUCUAUAAAUCGUUAUACAAUGAAAAAAUCUGAUAAUAAUACUACUACAAAUACAAUGUUUAACUCAUCAUUAUCAAAAUUCGGUGAUACUGAUCAAUUAUUGAAGACAACAAAUACUCGUAAAUUAAGUAUUGGUCAUUUAUUUCAUUUAAUUUCAUUGGAUGAAGAUUCAAUUGGUGUGACAAGUUAUCGGGAAAUAGAUAAACUUAUUAAAAUCACUUAUUCAUAUGCAUUACAAGUUCCAGAUGCAAAAUCUUAUGUUUCAUUACACACUAAUUUUACAAGUGAUUCAACAGUUAUCUUGAAUUGGAAUUAUCUGGAUAAUUAUUUAUGUAAUCGUGGAAUUAGUGAUUCAUUUCGAUUACUCCGCAAUGAAACUCGGCGUUUAGCUGAAGCUAUCCGUGAUAAUCAUAUCACUGGUCAACGAAUUCAAUGUGAUGUCUAUGAAUUCGAUUAUGUAAAUAUAAAUCGUGAAAAAACUUGUGAAAAAUUUGUUCAUUUUAUUGAAUCAAUUAAUCGGAUACGACGUACACCCAUAACAAGUCGAAAGUUAAAUCGUCAAUCUACUAUAGAAAAACCUGAUCUUCAUCGUGGUGCUACGACAACAACAACAACAACAACAACAACAACAACAACCAGUUUUAAUGCAACUAUUUUAAGUGAUACAACUAUAAAUUCUUGUUGUAAAUCUAAAACUAAUCUAUUGACUACAGUCACUCAUACACGACCAUCGAUUAUUACAUCAAUUAACACAACUGGUUCUUUGAAUGAAACCAGUGACUAUAAUAUACAACUAAUUAAUCGAGGAAAUGCAAUCAACAACUCAUCAAAUAUUGUUCAUAUAGAUAGUUUUUAUUCUACUACUUCAUUGCCUAAUAUCCCAGGAAUAUCAUAUCAAAAUAUUGAAGAUCAAUCAUUUUUUACAAAUCCUGGUCAAGUAAUACAAAAUACUUCAAUUUUUAAUUCAAGUUUAUUUAAUUCUAAUACUAAUAUCACUUAUUAUUUAGUAGCUUUAAUGAUGGUUGAUAAUGACAAUGGCUUACCAUUCAUUUCAGCAACUACAACUGAUGCAUUUCCUAAUUAUACUUUUAUCUCUAUUGAUGCAGUCAAUUGGAUAAUUAAAUGGUUUCCUGAUAUUACAACUAUUGAACAAGCUAUUUUCUAUCUACAACAAAUGCUAGAAGCUGGUUGGAUAUGUCAUACUUCAGGGAAUUCAAAACAUGUAUUUAUUUAUGGAACAUAUUUUUAUACAUUACUUAUUCCUGAUAUAAAACAAUUAACAAAUACACAAAUUGAUACUUCACUUAAUCUAUCUACAUUAGAUAAUAGUGAAAUGAAUAUUCAAUCUGCUCCAGUUACACCGAUUCAAUUGAAUAUACCAAAUACAAAUUGUACAAGUUCACCUUCUUCCAACACUUCACAAUCAAUAUCUGGUUUAUCAUCAUCUUCAAUAUUUCCAUUGACUACAUCCACAUUAACAACAACAUCAUUAAGUACAUCAAAUAAUUUAAUUAUAUCUUGUUACUCUUCUACAAACAAUACAAUAUCAAUAACAAAUUUACCGUAUACUAAUUCUUUGAAUGCUAAUUCGAACCUAUUGAAUAAUUUAUCUGCUUCUGCUAUUUCUACUAUCACUACUAAUACUAAUACUACCACUACUACUACUAAUAGUAAUAGUAUUAGUACUACUACCACCACUGCUACUACUACUACUACUGCUACUACCUCGACUAUUAUAAGCAAUCCUAUCAAUACUAUUGUAUCACUAACUUCAAUUACAUCAUCUAAUUAUACAAAUACAAUUACUAAUACUUCAUUAUUAUCUCAUAUGAAUAUAUCAAAUCAUUUAUUUAAAACAUUAUCUAAUAUAGAUUUGAAUUUAUUACAACAAUUACCUAUACAAUUUCCUAAAGAUUAUUUACCAAAACUUUUAAAUGAUACAACAAAAUGGACUAGUGUAUUUCAAAAUGAAUGGGCUGAAAUAUCAAUUGUUCAUUAUGGUUCAAAUGAAUAUCAGAUGAAACAACAACAACAACACCACCACCAACAACAACAACAACACCAACGACAACAGAUUGUUGAUCCAAAGUAUAUCGAUAGUAAUAUUGAUAAUAAUGAUACAUUGAAUGAAAUGAAUGAUACUUCAACUAUAUCAUUUUCCUCUUUUUCUACUCCAACUACAACAACACCAACAGCAACUACUACUACUACUACCACUAAUACUACUACUAUUCCUAUUACUACAAAUAAUUCUUGUCCAUCUUUAUCUACAUCAGAAAUAAAAUUUGAACAUAUAAAUGAAUUGAAUAGUUUUUUUAAUGAUGGUCUGUUAACAUAUUCAUCAAUUUCUACAUUAUUUGGAAUACCGGAUAAAACUGGAUUUCAAGAAAUUGAUCAAGUUCUUCGUAAAACUUGUUUAUGUGAUUUGGAUGGACCAAAUAAUGAUGGACCAGUUGAAUGGGCUCAUUGUGUAUAUGAUGCAAAUUAUCAUCCAACUUGUGCUUUUUCUAUAGAACUUCAAUGGCUUGUAGUUACAGGCGGACGAAUGGCUGAACUGGUAUCAUUAUGGUAUCAAAAAGCUGGUACAGCUAAUUUACACUUUUUCCCAGUUCCAUGUUAUCCUUUUGGUCAGUCAAAUGAUGAUUUAUCUGAUAAAGAUCCGCUACGUAAACCAAUAUUUUUACCUAUUAAUGUCAAUGUAUUAAUUGAAGUAGCUAAAAAAUUUUAUAAUCAAUCACAAAAUGAGAAUAGUUCAUUGAUAUAUGAAAAUUCUCUUUUGAAUAUGACAGAUUUAUUGAAUUAUUUAUUUCCUGAUAUUCCACAUUCAGAACGCCUAACCUGCAUUCGAUUCUUUCAAGAUUCCAUACUUAGAAGAUUUGGCUUUAUUAAUGACAGCUGUGUUAAGGAUCGUUUAGACUAUGAAUUACAUGGUCGAUUGGCUUUCGGUUCUUCUUGUUUUUCACAAAAACAAUGGAUUUAUGUACAUUGCAGUGGAGGUAUAUUUACCAUGAUACCUUCAUAUGAAAGUGGAGAAGUUCAAGGCGAAGAUACUACAAGAAACUGCUCUGUCAUUACUGAGUCUUCAGGAAGUCGAAAAUCUGACGAAUCUGAUCAUAAUAUUGAUCAUUUAAAAGAUGAUUAUAAACGUACAAUAAAUAUGGAUACAUCAUGGAUAUCAUCCGAUUGUACUGCUAAUUGUUUUACAAUACAAAAAUCAAUAGGUUAUUUUUGGACAUGGAAUCAUAUGUUACCAAAACGUUGGCGUGGUCAUCUUACAGGUGAUGAAUUAUUUCAAGAUGGUAUGUUAGCUGAUUUUAGAAUAUUUCUUAAUGGAGAAGAUGAUCGUUUAUUUGAAUUAUUCAAUCGGUUUUUGGAAACUUAUUCACCAGUAAUAAUAAUAAUAAUCAAUCUAUGUAAAUUAAAUCAGUGCAAUAUGUAA